AUGUCUACUGAACCUUUCAAGAAUGUUAUCCUAAUCCCCCAGACCAACCAAUUGUUGGGUCUUUAUACCAUUAUCAGAGACGCGCAAACCAAAAGACCAGACUUCAUUUUCUACUCCGACAGGAUUAUCAGAUUGCUCGUGGAAGAAGGUUUGAACCAGUUGCCAGUGACUCCAAAGAGUGUAGAAACAGCGACCAAUCAGACUUUUGAAGGUGUAUCGUUUUUGGGCAAAAUUUGCGGUGUGUCCAUCGUGAGAGCAGGUGAAUCCAUGGAACAGGGUUUGAGAGAAUGCUGCCGUUCUGUCCGUAUCGGUAAAAUUUUAAUUCAGAGGGACGAAGAAACCGCACUUCCCCGUUUGUUCUACGAAAAAUUGCCCGAUGACAUUUCUGAGAGAUAUGUUUUCCUUCUAGAUCCCAUGUUAGCCACUGGUGGCAGCGCAAUGAUGGCAACAGACGUUCUUCUCAAGAGAGGCGUCAAGCAAGACCGUAUUUUUUUCCUCAAUCUGAUCUGCAGCAAAGAAGGUGUCGACAGUUACCAUGAAAAGUUCCCAGAUGUCAAGAUCGUUACGGGUGCCGUAGACGAAUGCUUGGACGAGAACAAAUACUUGGUACCAGGCCUUGGUGACUUUGGUGACAGAUAUUAUUGCAUUUAG